CGGAAGUGACGCGGUUCACGAAUGGUGCAAUAUGUGACUGAUGUUGCUACAACACGUGAGCUUCAGAUAAUCGAAGAAAGUAUUAAAAUUGACCAGUAUCUGGCCACAGCUUUCCUGUCAUCAACAAUAACAACCGCUUCAUUAUUUGUCGUUGCCGCCUUUGGAAGAGGAUUAUAUAAUUCGAUAUUCAACGAAAGUUCCCAUUGGCCACUUCCGCUGUCGCUAAGUUUUCCGUUUGACACGAGCCAUCCAGUCGUAUUCGUUAUCCUGUUUAUAUGGUCGAGUGCUGCGAUGUACAUGGUUGCAUUUGCUAGCGUGUCGAGUGAUGCAGCGUUUGCUGGAAUAGCCUCUAAUCUGGCAGCUCACUUUCAGUGCAUAAAACUCAGAUUUGUAGACCGAAGUUUUUCCAAUGAAGACGAGUCUUUAAAAAAAUUGAUAAAAUAUCAUGCAUCAACACUGCAUUUGUCACAAAAGCUAAUGGCUUCAUUUCGAGUGAUAAUUUUCCAGAACCUGUUGGUUGCUUCUGUACUGUUAUGUGCAUUGGGCUUCCAGUUGGUAAUGUUUCUUGGUUCUUCAAUCAUGUUCAUAUAUCUUGCAUUCGUUUCUGCUAUUGUAAUUCAAAUUACAUUUUUCGCAUAUUUUGGGUCAUUAUUGUAUCACGAGAGUACUUCAAUUGCUGACGCUAUCUACUGCAGUAAUUGGUAUGAAGCUUCACCUAAAACCAGACGGAUAUUAUUACAAUGUAUCAUGCGAGCUCAGCUUCCAGUUAAUACGAAAGCCGGAUUCAUGGUUGCUUCGUUGCCAACAAUGAGAGCAAUAUUGAGCUCAGCUGGAUCCUAUGUGGCACUUCUUCUGUCAUUCACAUGAGUUACUUAGAAUAACAAUAAUCAAUAAUUUUGAUACGUAGAUGAAUCGGUAUACGAAUAAACCUGCAUCAAUUGAGUAGCUUAACGAUUAUAGGCGCAUGUCGCUACAUCGUAUAGUAUUUUUCGUUUAUCUAUAUAUUCACAAAGAUUCUAGUAACGUUCAAAUCACUUGUUACAUUUGAUCAAUAAAUAAU